AUGGGAGGGCAGUUUGUUCACUACGGUGUGAGGUAUCCAGGAGAAGUUCCGUGGGACCUCGGUUCUGAGGUCAGGGAUUGCUAUUCAACGACAGCGGAAAUGGAAGUGAUUUGGGACGUCGAAGGACUUUCGCAUUCGACUUUGCGAAAUGCUAAUCAUAUCGAAAUGAUUUUGCCGCUGCUCGAUGCGAUGGAGGUGGCAAGUGUUCCACGCUUAUUUGCUGAAUGCAGCAAUUUUGCUGCCGCGAUUUUCAUUGUCGUCAUCGAUAUCAAAGAGCAUUUUAAAUGA